AUGCGCGAGUACAAGGUGGUGGUGCUGGGCUCGGGCGGGGUGGGGAAGUCGGCGCUCACGGUGCAGUUCGUGACCGGCACCUUCAUCGAGAAGUACGACCCCACCAUCGAGGACUUCUACCGCAAGGAGAUCGAGGUGGACGCCUCCCCCUCCGUCCUGGAGAUCCUGGACACGGCGGGCACCGAGCAGUUCGCCUCCAUGCGGGACCUCUACAUCAAGAACGGGCAGGGCUUCAUCCUGGUCUACAGCCUGGUCAACCAGCAGAGCUUCCAGGACAUCCGACCCAUGCGCGACCAGAUCAUCCGCGUCAAGAGGUAUGAGAAGGUGCCAGUAAUUCUGGUUGGUAAUAAAGUGGACCUGGAAAGUGAGAGAGAAGUAUCAUCGAGUGAAGGCAGAGCCUUAGCUGAAGAAUGGGGCUGCCCCUUUAUGGAGACCUCUGCUAAAAGUAAAACAAUGGUGGAUGAGCUCUUUGCAGAAAUUGUUAGACAAAUGAACUAUGCAGCACAGCCAGACAAAGAUGAUCCAUGCUGUUCUGCAUGUAAUAUACAAUAGCAUUAAAAAUGACCUAACCUGGACUACAUUUGCAGAAAUUUUGUAAGGUGGUAAAACUGUCUACUUCACUUCCUGGUUUGUGGGUCACUUGAAAUACAUCUGUAGUGAAGUAGCAACAUGAACUCAGAGCUGAGCAUUGAAAGUCAAUCACUGACUCUGAAUACAAUUGGGUUAAAUGACCACAUCUCACCCGUUUUUCCCUUUGAGCACCUGCAAUUCUACGACACAGCCAGCUGAUCCACAGUUGAUCCAUUCCAGUCGAGCGUACGUGUGUUGUCGUGUCAGACAGCAGCAACAGCAACUCUGUCUGAAGAAGCUGGAAAACUUUUGGACAUGAGAAACACAAGCAGUGGAGGGAAUCUCUCUGAAGACCAUUCACAACUAGCCCAAGCACGAAAGGAGAGACAAGUCUUUCAGUGUCCAAGUACCAUGCUUGAGGACAUGCGCUAUCAUUUGUGGCCAAGUUUGUUCAGUCAAAUACGUUGAUUUCACCAGAACUUCUGACAGUGUUAGAGGAAGAGGCUACCAGAGACCUUUAUAGUUUGGAUUUUUUUCAAAAUUGAUGCUAUUAUUUCUACACUUUAUCCCACAUCUUGAAAUAGAAAAUAUUGCAUCAGUGUGUGAAAUGAGGGACGAGAUCUGAAAACAAAUGAUGGGUGAAGAAACAGCCUGGUGUUGGAAUGUUUCAACUCUUUCGUUUUGCUGCUCAAAAAUGGAGGAUCGCUUCAGGUUUUGGUCUGCAAAAAGCCAAACAAACCCUCUGUUUACAAAGCAGGAAGCAUCUUUAUUUAUCACUUUACUGAACCAGAAGGAAGGAACUGUGAUGAAAAAAAAAAAUUGCUGAGCCUUACUAACAAGGAACACUUUAAUAGAUUAACUAGUACCAUCUUGUAAGGAAAAUUAAGCCAUGUUGCAUCCAUAUGUUCCCUUCUGCAGAAACCUCGUGGGACAGUAUGAACAUCCUGCAUUUUUAAGUUUGUUAUAGGUGACAGUUUUCCUUGCCUUGAAGGGCUAAGUUCUCUGGUGUGAUCCCUAACUAACCUUUGAAAAUCAAGUUUGCUAUUUGAUAGCUUUAAUGUUGAAAACUUAAAUUGAAUAACAAUGUGAAAUCAUUUGGUUCAGAGGUGAAAUAGUUACAGUUGUAAUUCCUUAGGUGAGUGUGGAAAUGGCUCUUUAAUUGCCUGACACACUAUUCAAAGGUUGCCCCAAUUACUGGAGUGUUAAAUGGUGGGAGCAAAAUAUUUUAUUUUGAAAGGAUGCUCAAGCUCUGACUUGCUAGUUUCAUAGCAGUGAAGUAUUUAUCAUUUGCAUGACUAAUGGCACAGAAAUACCUAUUCCGAAGUCUUACAAUCAAAGUAUAGAUGAGUUUUCAAUCACACUGUUUAGAUUUUAAAUGCUGGAGAGAUUGUGUUGAGCUGGAUCUUUUAUAGGUAAAAUUGGCCAUAAAAAUACAGAGUCACUGAGCCUGUGGUCUAAAUAACACCAUGCGUUCAUUAGUUUUUCAAUCUUGUGCAGUAACAGUGUAGUUCCUUGUGUUUAAAUGAGUGGAAACCGGGGUGCUGGGGUAUGUGUGUGUGUGUGUUGAGCGUGUAUGUGUGUGUAUAUGGCCCUUAGAAAUGCUGUAAUUGGAGUUAGGUUUGAGAGUUUUGCCUCCAUCUGCAGAACUUCCUAAAACGCUCUCAUCUGCUACAAAGAAAACAAAACACCUUGCAGAUCUUCAUACAUAAAUAUCCUUCACAUUUUUAAUUGUAGUUCAGUGGAUGAUAACUAAAGGAAAUCAUAUUAAUGGAAGAGAACUGGCCAUCUCUGCCCUUAAUCUUUCAAUACCUUUCCACAGCCAAUGUGUCAAAGGGCAUUAGAUGUCACAAAACAUUAAGCCUUACUAGAACAUUAAUGUAGCCCGUUUCCCGCCUACUUUGCAGAGCUUUUGUUACUGUACUUUGUUCUCUUGAGGAGAUAGGCACACUGUUUAUUUCUGGCAUCUGAAUGCCCCUUUUGGGUGCUCUGAAUCGCCCUCCUGGAGGCACCUACCUCUUCCCGUUGACUAUAUAGCAACUUAGGCUUCUAACUUUGAUCCUCCCUGUCACACAACUUACAUGCCUAAACUAGAUGGUAUGAAUGUUCUCUUCCCCCUGCCCGCCCUGUGUGUCAGCCACCACGCUUAAGCAAGAUGUGAGAUGUUGAAUUCAUGAUAUUUCAAUGUCUACGAUAUCUAGAUGGGGAAACAGUUUAUUGAACAGUACAACCUCUCUGUAAAACAGCUUGUCAGUGUGAGAUCCACUGCAAAAGUGCUCAAAAAAACACCCCCAAACAGCCAACACCAAACCCAAAUUUGAAGCUGAGUUGGAAGUGCAUGUUAUGUAAUGUCAGUCACAGCGAUGUUAAAAUCUUAGCUCACAGAUUGUUCAUCAAUCAAGAAGAUGGCAUGAAGUACAAUAUGAACAGCCUAACAGGAAGUUCCUCUUAAAGCAGAUGGGCUUUUAAUAUAGGAAAAAUUGCACAGUAAAACUUAGAGAAUAUCAAUGAAAAAUAUCUUCCAAUCUUGUUUCCUCAUUACACUCUUAAUUCCAACUCAAGCCAUUCUAUUAUUUUCAAGAUCAUAGGCCACGUGUAUGGUACCGCACAGGGUGGCGGGGGAAGCGUAAGUGUUGUUUUUCAUUUUCUAGUUCUGAGGAAGUAGUUAUGCACUAUUUGUAUGUCCACUAAUGUGAAGAUAGUGGAGCUUGAAUCAAUGACAGUUGCACUCGACAAGAGAUUUUUUUCAAAUUGCAGGGGUAGCAGAAAGGGAGGUGAGCCACGCGGCAGCUGCGUGACCGCCCUGCGGGAGCAGUUGCUCUUGGGUCACUGUUUCAUUUGUACCCCCAUAGGAUUACCAGUUAUAGUAUUUGAAAGUUUCUUAUGCCUUAAAAUAUUAUUAUUUGUUCCAAAGACCCAUGUUUUCCUUUGGCUGUUCUUGUAGGACUUUGUAUUUUUCUACAAAGACAGCAUUUCUCCAGUUUUGUUGUGUUUUUUCUUGUUUUUUUUUUAAAUUGCAACUUUUAUUCUUUUAAGCUAUGAUAGUGAGAGCAACUGUUUCCUCUUUCCCUUAAAAAUGCACACAAAAACUAGUCAACCCAGAAUUAACUCAAGAGUAUUAAACACAAUUGCAUUGGGUUUUGUUUCAGUUUUGGUUUGUUUUUAUUUUACCCCUGUCAUAUCUGUCCCCCCCGCCCGCCCUUUCAGAGCAUCAAGAACAUUUUGGUGACGUUUUCUGUUUUGGUUCUAGCCUCUCCCUAACCCCAGUGCUACAGUUGCCAUUACUUUUCUGUGGGAAAACUACUGGUAUUUGCUUUCCUGUAUAGAAUGUUGCCUAAAGAUGUCAGCCAUUUGGUUGGGGGGUUUUGUGCAUGUUUGUUUUUUAUUUUAUUAUAUUUUAUUUUUUACCAGUGUGCUGUCAAAGCACUGGUUAGGCUUUAAUUGUGAAACUCCGCAACAAAAGCAAAUGUUUGACAACUGCAGGAGGCUUUUAUCUGCAUUGUUGUGCAUCUGUUAAUUCUUGAUCAGGGUUUGAAGUAAGACUGAAGUGGGUUCUGAAAUCAGGCUUAAUGCUGUUGAUUUGGAGUUUCCCAGGAGUGAAUUAAUGUAUUUCACAGGUAAUUGUUGAGCUCUAAUACAACUGGCAACUGGGGCAACAGUUUGUUUUGUAACAAUGUCAGUUGUUUAAACCUUGAUGUUUCAAAUAAAACAAGAAUUGUACAUAGAACUCAAUGCAAACUCAGCAGUUGUAUUUGGAGUUAAAUUAUUUUAACAAAUAAAUUUAUUUAAUGAAA